GAGGACUUGUGCAGGUUUUCUUAACAAGUGCAGUGAUACUCCUGGUCUCAGCCACAGAACCUAAUGGACGGAUCCCGGCAGCUUUUUUACUGUCCACAGAGAUCACCAACCUUCCUUUCAAUGACUCCCUCCUCCAUCCAGGCAGUAGUUACUACAAUCACCUGAGGUCCUUGGUUGAUGAUGCGUGGAAGCAAGCCUACUUUUCCACAUUUGGCUCAAAACAACAUUAUUUGGGAAUUGCAGACAUGAAUUUCAGUGGAAAGUUUCAUACCCACCACCACCACCACCACCAGCACCACCACUACCACCACCAGGUCUCCUAGCACCUACAUCUCCAGCAUGACCAAAACCACCAUACCCACCACCAGCACCACUACUACCACCACCAGCACCACUACCACCAGCAGGUCUCCCAGCACCUACAGCACCAGAAGGGCUUCAAGCUCCAACAGUGAGCCAACCUCCACUUCUUCUCAUUCACUGAGCACUGACAGAAAGGAAACAGACAGCACCACCACCUCUUCAUCCACUACUAACCACACUACACCUUCACAACAUCACACAACAGAUUGGACCUCUACACCCAACAGGGUCCAUUCCGACCCACCAGAGCCCACAACCUCCAGCAUCUCCAAACACACCCCUGCUCAUCAGGAAGGGUCCACCACCACUCCAUCUGACAGUACGGGGACCACUCCAUACCCACUCUGGCCUUACUGGCUGGACUGGGUGCCAGGGUGGGGUAUCGCUCUGCUUGUACUGGCCUCUCUCAUCCUCCUGCUUCUCAUCAUUCUGAUAGUCCUGCUGCUGCUCCGUUGGUGUUGUAUGGAUGAACCUGAGAUGGAACCUCAACCCAGAUUUGAUCCGUACACACAUGAGCCACAUCAUGUAUCCCAAACUCCACCCAAAACACCCAUCCUCAGACAUAUGACCCCAGAGAAACCCAGGGGGAACAGAACCGGGAUGUAUGUGGUGAAUCACGGAGUGUGAACAUUACAAAAAGAAAGAUAAGCACAACCAUUCUGCUCUGGGGCUGAAGAGAUCUGAGAAUGACUACGAGGUGCCGUCCAAAAUAAAAGCUUUAUCUGUAAUAUUGUAGUCUUCAUAACACUGUAACACUCAAACUAAGUGAUUUCAUUGGCAUAUUGGUUGAGACUGCUUAUUUAGUUUGUAAGUAGGCUAUAACAUUUUGCUUGAAUUAUGAUAAACAGAAAAUUAGCCUUUCACUUUUAAUAGCCUCACACAAUAUCUGCAAAAAAACAUGACUUAAUGUUACUCAUGAAAUGAUUCAGAUUCCGGUUAGUCAGUCGAACUUUGAUGAACUACAUAAGGCUUUGAAUGGGGUUACUUUAGCUAUGUUUAUUCUGCUCUCUUACUAUGGCAGUGUAAGUGUAAUGAAAGUGUGUGAAGCUCAUAAAAUUCAUGCUGAUAAAGGAACACAUGAUAGAGCUACGAACAAAAUUGAGCUCAAUUAUUGCUGUUUGAAAUGGCCAGCAGUGAUCUGUAUUGACGUUUUGCUCUCUAGUCCUAUUUAUGGAAUCAGUUCCAAUGUUUUUCCAAUAUUAUUUUGAUUGGUUUUGUUUGUUUAUAUUUGUUGCUUAUGUUUCUCAUCAAUGCUUAAGUGUAUAAACCUAUUUAAAUCACCUAAUAUUUAUUGUUUAUUUAGUAUUCUUGUUUUUAU